GGACAAGAAUGUUCCCCGAUAGGAAAUGCCCUUUUCUGUAAUACGAUUCCUUAGUGUUACACAACAUAAGCCUUUAGUGUUGCCGUAGAAGCCAUGGAGGGCGAAGAAUAUGAUGUAGCUGUGGUUGGAGGAGGAGUGAUGGGCAGUUGUGCCGCCUACUGCCUUGCCCAAGCUGGAAAGUCUACUGUACUGAUAGAACAGUUUCCAAUCCCACACUCGCGCGGCAGUAGUUCUGGUCAGAGCCGCAUCACAAGCCUUGGAGACUAUACUUCACCUUAUAUGAAACCUAUAAUAAACCAUGGCUACAAGCAAUGGCUCAAGAUACUAGCAACUGCAGCAGCAGAUUUGUUCAGAAUGUGUCCUUUGCUUAUUAUGAGCCAAGACCAUGAAUUCAUGAAGGAAAAGGCCCAGAUAGUAAAGGACAGUGGAUUCGAUCCCUUAUGGAUUCCUGUGGAUAAAGUGAAUGAAAAGUACAAGACAAGUUUUCCGAAGGAGAGUUCAGCCCUAAUAGAUACUUCUGGUGGGAUCCUCUUUGCCCAAAAAUGUGUUCAGGAAGUCCAGAGGCUGUUCAAAGAUCUCGGAGGUGUUAUCGUCGAUGCUUGGCCUGUCACAAGCAUAGAACCUGGAGAUCCGUGGGUGCAAGUGAAGGGCCGUCGGAGUGUCAUCAGAGUCAAGAGUCUGGUGCUGUGUCCAGGACCUUGGGCAUCGGAGGUCCUCACACCUUUAGGCAUCGAUCUGCCCUUGAAGACUGUACGAUUAGGAGUAUAUUAUUGGAAGGUGAAGGAUUCCAGUUUUCCCCGCGGAACCAUUUGUGAUAUGACGGAUCCACACAAUUUCUUCUAUGCUGUUUCACCACUAGAGUACCCUGGCCUUAUUAAAGUUGGACUCCAUGAAGGUGUAGAGACAACUCCAACCACGAGAGAUAAAACAGAUAUGUCAGAUAUAAAGAUGAAAAUAUCCCAGUACAUCCAGCAGCACAUGCCAAAUAUUGAGUCAGAGCCAGCUAUUGAAGAGUCUUGCAUGUAUACGGUGACUCCUGAUGAAGAUUUUGUUAUAGAUUACCACCCAGAACAUAAAAAUAUUGUCUAUGCUGUUGGUUUUUCAGGUCGAGGCUUUAAGUAUGCUCCAGCUGUUGGCGAGAUGCUGGCUGGGAUGGUCCAAGGUCAUGACCCCAUUCAUGACCUAAGUCCCUUCAGUGCUGCUAGAUUUGCCAAUUUAAAGCGAAGCUCCCCUGUUAGUAAAUACUGACAAAUUAUUGUGGGUUGAAGAGGUUCCUGUCCUGAAAAACAAACUUAACACUAAAACUAGAACAAUAAUUGUAGAAAAUAGAACAGAAACUUUUAUAAGGCUUUCUUAGUGAAUACCUGUGCUAAACCAUGGCUUACAGUAUGCAGAAGAAAAGAAUAAUAAUGAAUUUUAAAUACAGUAGUUAGAGUAUAUUAAAAAAUUAGUGUAGGUGAGAUUAAGAACAAAUUUUGGGGCAGCUUGGAUAAAUGAGAUGUAUUUCUAGGGGUAUUAGUAUAUAUCAAAGGUAACAUAGAUAGGUCUGUUUGGUAGCAGCUCAAGGGAAGUAUCGGAUAUUCAUUUCAAAUAGUUUGUAAGGGUAACAAUAAAGAAUAACUACUGGAUAUCAUAGUAACUUGCAGUAACUCAAACCAAAUAUGAAAAGUGAAAAUAUGAAAAGUUCUAAAGGAAUUCCUUUCAGUACUUACACUUUUUACACACAGGAAUUCUGUAUAGCAAGGGUUAUUGCCCAAGCAUCAAAAUUAUGAUAGUAUUUAUAUGUACUCUAAGUACAUGUAAAUACCAUCAUGAUUUACUGUAAGUAAACUAUCAACCAUAGUGUUAUUGCAGCAUUUCCUUAAGGACUUGCUAAUGCCAUUUGAUGGUGAGAUUCUGUCCAUUAAUGUAGAAUCAACAACAGUUACUGAAUAUAAAAAGAAUAUUAAUUUCACUGUUGUUGUUACAUAAUUUAUCAUGCAAAUUCACUUCCAUGCUAGACAGUUUAUCAUUUCUGUACAUAAGUUCAUUCAGCUUUUUAAAUACACGGAAACUAAAGACUAAUAUGACUAUUAUAGAUUUUUAACUAGAAUAUACUAAAGCUAUAUCACACACAAUUAUUACCAUGUUAUUUAAUAGUGCCAUAAUAUUGUUUUAUUUGCGAGACUGAUACCUAAUGUAAACUGCUUUACUAGAAUAUAUAUUUUUA